UAAACCAGUUCUCUCGUCUUUUGUCAUUCGUCGGCUGACUCCGUCGAGCGCUUGUGUAGACUUUAAAUAGCCUUCAGGAAAAAUCACAGUAGUUCGCACAUGACUUGAGAAAACUUGUCGCCAUGAAUCAGGCUCUUUUGCGGAUUUUGCUUCUUUCGGUGUUGUGUGCGUUUGCGCGAAAUGAAACGAUCAAUCCAGCUGUCAUCGAUGAGCAGCUGCUCUGGGUCAGUGGUGAAAUCGGAGAAGUUCACACCUACAGAAUUCCCCUGCUCACCUUCACUACUCAGGGAAGUCUGCUGGCUUUUGCAGAGGCCCGGAAGCUGUCCUUCAAAGACAUCGGAGCUAAGUUCAUCGCUUUAAGACGCUCCACAGACAGAGGAGCCACCUGGUCUCCCACCUCAUUCAUAGUGGAUGAUGGAUCUCUAGUAGAUGGGUUGAAUCUAGGUUCGGUUGUUGUGGAUGAGGAGACUGGUGCUGUGAUAGUCAUCUACUCAUUGUGUUUCCACCGUUAUCACUGCAAGCCCUCGAUCACAAUGAUGGUGCAGAGUCUGGAUGAUGGGUUCACCUGGAGCGCCCCACGAAACCUUAACCCUCAACUGGGGCUCAUGAGUUUUCUUGCUGGACCUGGCUUUGGUAUACAGAAACGUCAUCCGCCCGCUGUUGGGCGUCUGGUGGUGUGUGGCCACGGCAGCUUGGCUGGAGACGGAGUGUUUUGUAUCCUGAGUGAUGAUCAUGGAAACACAUGGAGAUACGGAGGUGAACUGAAGAGCAUUCCCUACAACCAGCCCAAAAACGACCUUGACUUUGAACCAGAUGAGUGUCAGCCAGUGGAGCUGGAUGAUGGCAGCAUCGUGAUUAAUGUGCGCAACCAAAAUCACUACCACUGCCGCUGUCGCAUUGUUGUACGCAGUCUGGAUGGAGGAGAGUCUCUGCCGGUGGAGGAGCUGGUGUUUGAUCACACACUAAAGGAUUCUGCGGUCGCAGCUGGAGCUUUAGAGAAGGAAGGAGUGCUUUACUUCACCAACCCAGCCAAUGCUAACAGCAGAGUGAACCUCACCCUUCGCUGGUCUCUGAAUCGCGGUAAAUCAUGGGUGAAAGAUACUCUGAAGAUCUGGGCCGGGCCAAGUGGAUACUCAUGUAUAACGUCACUUAAAGGCAAUGAAACCGUGGAUCAUAAAUACAUCUAUGUCAUCUAUGAGAAAGGCCAAAAAGACUAUUUUGAGUCCAUCUCCCUUGUGAAAAUUGACCUGUACAGCGACCAGUGAAGAAAGUCACUGAUGGGCUGAUUCAUUUUAGAGAGAAAAAACAGCUUGAUCAAGUUGCUUACUUCUUAAAAUCAGUAUUUAGGUAAAGAUGGGUUUCAGUAUUUGGUCAAAAUAAUUGUCUGUCUCAUCUCCUUAAUUUUUAAAAAACAAUGUUUUCAUUUGUCUUACCACACCUGUCUAUUAUUUCACUAAUUAUGAAUUUAGAAAUAUGGAAAUACAGUGGCAUGCAAGCUUGUCUAAGGUUGUAGAACCUGGUUUUUUAUAUUGUAUGCUUAUCCUUUUAUCUAGUUAUAUAUGUAAAUUAAGUGAGCCUAAUACAGCAUUUUGUUGCAAUGAAAGACACCUUUCAUGGAAGGAAUACACAGCAAUUUACAUAUUUGCAGUUAAGCAAAAUAAAUUAAAUUUUAAAACUUAAAAUAUAUAACAUAAAAAUACUCAUUUUA